AAAGACGCCUUCUGCCUAUGUGACAACUUAUGUAAACAGAACUGCAUAAUGUAGUAGCAUACUGGAGUGAAUUUUUUCUUUUUCCCCUUCCACAAUGCAGUUAUUAUAUGUACGCAUGUCCCUCUCACGCAUGUGAAAAAAUUUGUUACAUACCGCUAACCAUGCUAAGGGCGUACAUUUUUAAAAUUAUCCCUGCUGUGACGUGCCGGGAUCCCUCGCCCAAGUGCGCGUUCUCCCCAGCCGCUCCCUCCAAUGAACGGUCUUUCGCGACUUAAAUCUCGCACUUGCAAACCAGCAGCUCGGAAAAAGUUACACAUUUUUUGCGACGAACAGAGCUACGCUGAUAAUUUGACUCGCCUCUACAUAUACAAUCAGCUGGACGGAAAAAACACAACUGAGAAAAAGGCAUAUAUGGCAUAUAUGGCAUAUAGCGAAAAUGUAAACAAAUAUGUGGGGAAAGUAACGGCACAUUUAAAAAUUAACAGAGGGAAUGGAAACAUCAUAUUUUCGGUUCCCACCUUUUUGGACAUUUUUUUCUUUAAUUACUUCAAAUUUAAUUGCAAAUCCAAAUUAGUGUUUCUGCACAGCGUGUUAAACAUAAAGACGCACGAAAAGACGCAAUUCCGUCCGAAGCAGGAACAAAAUGAAAAAAAAAAAAAAAAAAUUUUAACACACUUGUGCCAAAUUCUUGUAAACUCCAACACGAAUUAUGUGCAGGAAAUACGUCAAAAGUACGUAAACAAAUUUUAUCAGUCAAAUGAUAGGGACAAGGGAGACCUCUCCAAUCAACAGCCAAAGGUUAAGUGUACCCCCCACGCCAUUAUCCCUUUAAGCAGCAGAAGAACGUUUAUGCAGGACAUACUAAAUCAAACACAAAAUUUAAAAGACUUGUCAAUUCUCAUUUGCAUUGUAAGAAAAGCGUCUUCGUUCCACACGUUCGAUUGCUCCAAAAUAGUAGACGCCCUGUUGAGAAAGCUUUACUCACUUAUUCACAAUCUCUCCUUGGCGGUGAAACCCAACUGUGCAAGUAGUUUGGGCCACUCCUCCUCCCUAACCCUAAUCGAUAAGAGUAAAAUAGAACAGACCAAAACGGUAACCAUACGGGACCUUCUUUAUUCCUUCUACCAACUUGUCUACCUCCAGGGGGGCCCGAAAAUCCAGUUUAUUUUUUUGAAAAUUCUGGCCAUCCUUGGGAGGGGCGGCCAGGGCGCCUGGGGGGAAGCGGCGGUCGAAGCGAAAGAAGCGAAUGCGAACCCUACAACUUCUCUCCCCCCCGCGCGCAACCUCUUCCUCUCGAACAAAGACAUCGAGCAGCUCCUCUUCCUCCUCAGCAAGAAUGCCCACCUAAACGGCCACUUCAUGCACCCCCUAGUUAUGCGCUUCUAUGUGAAGCUGUUCACACUAAGUCCCUCAGUCACUUACUUUAACAAAUUAAUUAAACAAAACGGUGAAGCAAAUUAUGCCUUCUGCCCGAUUUCUAUGUUUCCAAAAAGCUCUCCAUCCUACCUCGAAUUUUUAAAAAAAACGGAUGUGAAAAACUACUUCCACACCUUCUAUCAAACGUUAUGCAUCAAAUAUUUGUUAAAAAGAAGAGCACUUUUUUGUGAAAAAUUGAGCAGCUUCGACCAUUCUGCGUGCCCAGGUAUGACCCACUCACCUCGUCUGAGCCACUUUGUACUUUACCAAAAUAUAGUUAACAAAAUAAUCGCUCGGUCUUUUUAUCUUUAUCAAGAGAAAGUCAUUCCGAAGGGGAAAUACUCCCACAAGUGGGUUCACACCACUACAAACAGUGCACGUCAAAAAUAUGAAAAAAAUUUCAUCUACGACUUUACCAAAUGUAAGUUUUUUUAUUUAAUAUACAUCAGAGCAAUUAUGCGAGGAAGAAGAAGAGGGAAGCCACUCGGAAAAUGCACACCACGUGGUCCUCGUGAAAAAGAAGCGACACAGAAAUUGUCAACCGUAGAGGCAUCUUAG